ACGUAGAUGCCCCUUUUCAAAUGGAAGAGAGAAAAUAUCCAAGAUCUAUUAGACCUAUAGCUUCAUGCUUCUUUUGUAUUGCGCCAUGCAUAUGUAAAGAGUAAGAGGAGUUGAAAGAGAGAGAGUGAAAGAGGUGAAAUGGGGUACCAUUCAUUGUUAAGAAGCCCGAAGAAGGAAGAACAACAGGUUCCUGAUACCAUUGAAACUGAAUUUGUCGACAUGAAAGAUGCUUAUGGUGAAGAGGCCAUGAAUAUCAUGGAUGAAUUGGGGGGCAUUUGGGGGCUUAGUGAAAACGAAGAAAAGAUAGCAAAAGAUAGCACAAAGCAGCAGCUGCCCCAACUUAGUUGGGAUUUCAUGGACUGGGACCAAGGAUUUAUUCAUCCCAGUGCUCAGAAACAAGAGGAAGAAGAGGAGGAAGAAGAAGAAAGAUCAGAAGAACAGAUUGAUGAAUUCACAAGAAAGUUCUUUCCAGAAGAGGUUAUAAAGAAAGAGAAACUGGGGUUUUGGGAUGAAGAUGAGAGCACAAAAGUGACAACUUUGAACUUGAAUUUGAACUAUCAAGAAGUGUUAGAUGCAUGGUCUGAUCGUGGACCUCUCUGGGCUGAUGAAUAUUCUCUUUCAAUGGCAAGCAAUGGUUACUACAUGGGAGAAGUUCCAGUGAUGGAAGAAGAGAGAGCAAGAAGAGAAGCAAGUGUUUUAAGGUACAAAGAGAAACGUCAAACAAGAUUGUUCUCCAAGAAGAUAAGGUACCAAGUUCGAAAACUCAAUGCAGAUAAAAGACCAAGACUUAAGGGUCGAUUUGUUAAGAGAGUUUCCUGAGCAGCUUAGAAAUAUCUGAAAAAUAUCUUACUUUGUAUAUGCUUCUUAAGUUGUGCUUAUUUGUUUGAAUGGAAAAAUAUCUCUCUUGACUUAAGAAAUAUCUAUUCAUUCAUUCAGACUUUCUGGGAAGUUCUUGUGCAACUUUGUGGGGAUGGACCCCUGAUCAAUUCCACUGUGUAGUAUAAUUGAAUUGACCCUACUGUGAUAUAUUA